AUGUCCAAUUAUAAUUAUAUCCUGUUGACAUUGUUGUUGACAAUAACAUUUACCAUUAGUACCAUUAAUGGUCAAACAUGUCAAUCAUGUGUCAAGUUAAAUGAAGUCUGCAAUAAGACAACAAGUAUAUGUUCAAAGGGUAGUGGAUGUGCACUAACUGAUGAUGGCACAUACAGAUGUUUAACAAUACCCGGCAAUGGAGAGGACUGUCGACUCAUCAAGCAUUGUACCAACUUCUACACCUGUGAUGAAAAGACCAAUAGAUGUGUCUCGGAGAAAUACCUUGGCUUUGGCGAAGAGUGCACCAAUAAUACUCAAUGUUCAAGAGGUCUGACUUGCUCCAAUGUUGGAUGUACCAGCGUCACCUAUCCCAACUGCUCCACCUCCUUCUCAUGUAAAUACAACGAGAUAUGUAUGAAUGGAGCUUGUGCCGUCCCGCCACCAGAUGGAUCCGAUUGCAAGAACGGUGAUGAAUGUGAGCCAAUGAGCAACUGUUUGAAUGGCAAAUGUACUCCAUACCUCUCGGUCCAAUCCGGAGGUGACUGUGAUAUGUCAAUCGAUUGUGAUGUGCCCCAAGGUUUGAUCUGCAUUGAUAAGAAGUGCCAGAGCAAGAAUAUAUUGACCAAUACCAAGUGCAAUGACUCGUCAACAUGUUGGAAGAUGACAGACAAUGCACUUUGUAAGUGUGAUGGCAAGUCAUCACCUUCCAUUGGUUCAUGUGCUUUGACGAUCGAUGUUAACAAGGUGACCAAAUCAAUGUUCACCAACUUCAACUCGUGUCUAAUGAACAAUAAGUGUCCAAAGGUUGAUCAACCAAUUCCAGGCACCUGUUACAACAAGUGUGGUGUACCAAUGGCUGAAAUGGAUCUGUGUGGCAAUGGAGGAUCAGGACUCCUUAUACAUCCCAACACUAUCCUAACAUGUCUGGUACUGAUGGCUGCUGCAUGGUACUUGAUGUAG